GUCAAUCGGUAGCCGGAAAAGCUGUGUUGACCUUAGGAUACAUGUAUGAAUACUUGGGCAAGAAGUUGGAAAGUAAGCUAAGACUAGCAGUAGGAGCUUUAUUGGCUAAGUCAGGAAACCGAACGCUUGCUGCUUACUUCCGACUAGUCAUCAAAAGUUUGUUCAAGAUUGUGAAUUCCACUUCUCCUCAGAAAGUAGCCCUAGCUUUCAUACAAGAAGGUGGGAAACAUCCAAAUAAAGCCUCCAGAGAGACAGCAGCACAGUUCCUAGCUCUCUUAACUGUCUCUUUGGGCCCCAGUAACAGUCUAGCCAGUCACAUUUUAGCUGGUCCCAUGAUCAAGUGUGCAGCUCAGUUUGUUUUCGAUUGCUCUGCUCUUACGAGACACUGUGGAAAACGUAUGUUUCAAGUUCUAAUGAGCAAUCCGAACUUCGAAAAACUGAAAGAGCAUCAUUUGGAUAUUAACACGGCUCAAAAUUUAACAAAAGUACUGGAGCAAAUCGAAACUAAAGGUGUCAGUGAAGAAGUUUUGCCCAUCAAGAUAAUCAAAUAAAUCAAAUCAUUCCUAUAUUGAAUCCUGACU